UAUAUAACACAAUAAAAUAUUCGUGUUUUAUACAAUGUUACUCUGGGUAUAAAGUUUAUCACUUUCAAAAGAGAAGGCCCUUACGGAUUUCCAUACAAACUACAAAAUGUAUACACUCCGUGACAUUUGAUAAUGUGACUUUUCGUGUGUAAAUGGGUCAGUGUUGAAAAAGUAGGUUAUUUAACGAAUCGGCAGUUUGAACAACAAAAAUGGCUGAACAAAAUGAAAAGCCUCUUCUCAAACUAAAACCAGCUACAUACAAAGGGAUAGCAAUGUUUGAAUGUGAAAUAGAUGACAUAGAAAAGAUGGAGACAAGAGAGGAUGAUAUAUGGGUAUGCAGUUUUCCAAGGUCAGGAACCACACUAAUGCAAGAAAUAACCUAUUUAGUACAAACACUGGACUUCGAAACUGCCAGGUCGGUCCAGUUGGAUUCGAGAUUCCCGCAAUUGGAACAAAAGAAUGACCAGUUUCCUUAUUAUAAAGGAGUAAAAUAUGUGGAAGAUAUGACGUCACCACGUUUUAUUAAGUGCCACUUACAUCAUUUUAUGCUUCCUGUUCAACUACAGAAGGGAAAGGGCAGGAUUAUCUACAUCGUUCGAAAUCCAAAAGACAUAGCUACUUCGUUUUAUAGGCUGUUAAGAUGGGGAGGGCACUUAAAACCCGAAGAAUUUGGUGCAUUUGUUGAAAGUUUCGUCAACGGCACAGGAUUAUUUUGCCCAUGGCCAAGGCAUGUGCUAGAGUUCUGGGAAAGACGAAAUGAUAAAAACGUACUAUUCCUUCAAUACGAACACGUCGUCAAGGAUAAAGCCAAGUGUAUAAGACGGGUUGCAGAUUUUCUGGGACGCACGUUAACAGAUGGCGAUGUCGCGAAAAUAUGUGAUUAUUGCUCAGUGGAAAAUAUGAAAAAUAACCCCAUGUGUAACAUGUCAUAUUGGCGGGAAUACACGAAGGUUUUUGACGAUGAUGGCGGUUUUAUCAAUCAAGGGAAAGCCGGUGCAUGGAAAGAUUUAUUGACACCAGAAAUGGCAAAGAAAUUAGAAAAGCUGACUGAUGCAUUAAAAGGCUCCGGACUCACUCUACUUGAUGAAUAGGCCUCAAUUAAGAUCCAACAUUUAAAAAAUGACUGACCUUAUGUAAUGAUUGAUUAUACGGUAUAUGAUGAAGUUUGGAACUCUGUUAUGUUUAUUUUAAAUGUUUGUAUACCUGGAUAACAUAGUGGUACAUUAUCAUAAAGUUGUCUUCACGUGUUUAAGCGGACUGGUUUACAAUGGACACAUUUUCCACAAAUAUAUACAUGUACAAAAAAAACAACAAAAAACAACAACAACAACCAACAACAAAAACAGAAAUAAACUAUUUAGAUAUUCUUACAAAAUAUGUCUUGAAAAGAAAAUGCUGAUAGAAUUCUUGUUGAUUUAGUUUGAACAUUUAUACCGUAAAUAAUUAUUUCAUUUUUAGAAUAAUUUAUUAUUUGCUAUAAAUAGAUCAUGUACUUCACGCUUACCAUUAGUGUCCUUAUACCUUAGUGAUAUGUUGUCAUGUCCGAUACUAAUUAUUAUCAACAUAAUUAUUUAUGAUUUUAUACACCUUCUUUUCUGGACUAAUUCUCUGAAAUAAAAGUAUUAUUAUCAUUAUA